AUGAUGUCUGCAAUUCGAAGUUCAUACAAGGAGAAAAACAGCGAGUUCCGGGAAGCAAUGGGGUUCUGUUUGUCUGUUUUUACAAUGGUUGCUCUUACUUUGUUUUUGUGCCUCAGUGUGGAAGAGCCAAAAGGCCCUGAAUUCAGCAUCAACGGUGCUUAUCUUACCCGAUUUAAUUACAUCAAAACCAACCAUACUCUCUCCUACAAGCUCCCCCUCAACAUCACCCUCACAAACCCUUACAAGGAUCCCUUUGAGUUGAUUGACACCCAAGUCACUGCAUACUAUCAAAAAGAAAGAUUUGGCCUUGUCACCUUGAUCGACAGCCGGACAACGUUUCGCCUAGAAGCCAAGAAUACAACCUUCUUUCAGAAUGCAGUUGUUCAAGGGUGGAAGCCUAUGGUGUUUGAGGAACCCGUGCUUCCCAAUACUGCUCACUUUUACAGUAUUGACGUGGUGAUUGCUUUCAAACAAAAGGAUCUUGAGAUUGAUUAUACAUUGUCAGGCGAGGUCAUGUGCAAUCUAAAUGUUCCUUUGAGUUUUAACGAAAUAUCUUGCAAUGGUUACAAGCCUACAAAGUGCUUCCAAGUUUUUCUUGAAUAA